ACCCACACCGAUGCACAUUCCCUUUGUUUUGUUUGUGUCAUAUCAGUGUGCAGCAAAGAGCAUUCCAAGAAUUGGUCGACUCCCCAAUGGUACGAUAAAGAACGCCACGAUCCACGUCCCAAGUGGUGCACAGUCCCUUUCCAAAGCACACUUUUCACCCCUCGACCGAAUCGCGGAGGAAAUCCUGCGGUACUGCGGAUGGGAUGCCUCCUCGAAGCGCCCACGAAGAAUAUCCGACAUGGGUCGGUUUUGUGUUCAUUUUCAACCUGAUCGUUGGCACGGGAGCCCUCGCCCUGCCGUCCGCGUUCAGCCACGCCGGAUGGAUCCUCGGCUCGCUGGCCAUCGUGGUGCUGGCGUUCAUGAGCUACGUCACGGUGACGUUCGUCAUCGAGACGAUGGCGUGCGCGAACGCGGUCCACAACUGGAAGCGGCUGCAGUUCAUCAAGCGCGACCGCGUCAUCGAGUACGACGAGGACAGCAACGUGGAGUCGCUGGUCGACCGGCCGGAGGCGAGCGAUAGUGACGACGAUGCCGAGCACGAUCGGCUCGUCGACGAUCAGCUGACCGACGCCAGCAUCGAGCAGACACCGCUCAACAUCAUGUACUGCCGGAAGACGUACUACACCCUGUCCAGCAAGAUCGAGCUGGGCGAGAUGGCAAACAUGUUUUUCGGCCGCACGCAACGCUUCCUGUUCUACUUCUGCUUGGCCGUCUACCUGUACGGCGAUCUGAGCAUUUACUCGGCGGCCGUCGCCAAAAGCCUGCGGGACGUUGCCUGUGCCCACAACCAUCGCGCGAACGCCACCGACGACGAUGACGGCACGGAGCGGUGCUGGCAGGACGGGCUGCUGACCCGGCUGGACGUGUAUCGGCUGUGCCUGGUAGCGUUCGUGACCGUGCUCGGCCCGUUCACGUUCUUUAACGUGCAGAAAACGAAAUACCUGCAACUGCUCACCGUGCUGUUCCGGUGGCUCGCCUUCAGCGUGAUGAUCAGCAUCGCCAUACACCGGCUGCUCGCACCGGUCGAUUCCACCGCACUGCCGAUCACGCCGAAGCGGGCCGACAUUGCCGGCAUCCCGUACCUGAUCGGUACCUGCAUCUACUCCUUCAUGUGUCACCAUUCGCUGCCGAGCCUGCUGACACCGAUCGCCAACAAGGGCCGCCUAAAGGCGCUGGUUUCCCUCGACUACGUGCUGAUCGGUGGGUUCUACCUGGCGCUCGCCCUCACCGGGAUCUUUGCGUUCGCCGACAUCAAGGACCUGUACACGCUGAACUUUGUGCCGAGUGCGGACCAGACCAACGGGAUGCUGAAAGCCGUCGAGUACUUCCUCGCCCUGUUUCCGGUGUUUACACUGUCGGCCAGCUUCCCGAUCGUGGCGAUCACGCUGCGCAACAACCUGCAGACGCUGUUCCUCGAUGCCGCCCAGCUGGAGGCGUACAAUUUCUUCUUGCGCCGCGUGUUCUUCCCACUGCUCGCCAUACUGCCGCCGCUGGUCGUGUGCUACUUCACCGAGAGCGUUAGCAAUCUGGUCGGGUUUACGGGCUGCUACGCCGGCACCGGCAUACAGUAUCUGAUCCCGGUGGCGCUCGUGCUUUCCGCGCGGCGCACUUGCGACAAUAUGAUCGGCAGAGGUAUUGUGAACGAGUUCCACAGCCCGUUCAAGGGUACGGUGUGGCCGAUGCUGGUGAUCGGGUGGACCGUUGCCUGUCUGGUGCUGGUAACGAUUGAUCUGGUCAUAUGAAAGCUGGCCCAGGAUGGUGGCAAUCAGAUGGUAGGGCAAUAUUAAAACAAACUCAAACUUACUGGAGACUGAGCGGUGCUGUGAGAGUGCGCGUGUGGAAACUUGCAGUGGCAGUGGAAUUGGGACGCACAAUGUUUGGGGGGAGCACGAGCGGAUGAGAAAAAAGCCAAGAUUAUUUUACUAUAUUUACACCAUAUCUUCCGGGUGGCUGGCGUUAGCUGCAGCGUUUUGAGAUGAAAAGCUUGAGACUUUCCUCACAAGAGAAGCGCUCUCUAGCGAUGGACUUGUAUGAGAUUUCCCUUUUUUCCUCCUCAAUCGUACGGCUCUCAGUGUUGAACACCGAUCAUGUUGUAUUUUAAUGAAACUUUUACUACUGCCACCAAAACACCCCGACUCAAGGCAUCGUGGGCUGAUCUUCCUACCGAUUGUGGUGUGUUGCGGAG